AUGGGUGUCUCAUUCAAAAACGUCGUCAAUUUUUUCGCGCCCGAGGCCGAUAAGGAGGAAGAUGGGCGCGACAAGUGGCCAUCGCGGACCGCCUUUGUCCUGGCUGCCAUGGGCGGUGCCGUCGGUCUUGGAAACCUCCUGCGAUACCCAUCUGUCGUCUUUGCCAACAAUGGCCUCCAGUGGUUCAUCCCAUACUUUAUCGCCCUCCUCUUCCUGGGCAUCCCUACCCUGAUUCUUGAAAUCUCCAUCGGACAGGCCUACCGAGGCAGUGUCGUCGUUGCCUUCAACGGCAUUAACAAGCAUACCAAGGGCCUUGGCCUUGCCGUCAUCAUGACGGGUUUCAUCGUCGCCACCUACUACGUCCCCAUCUUGUCUUGGGUCCUGCAUUACUUCCGGGCCUCGUUCCAAAGCCCCCUGCCGUGGAAGGGCCGUGGCAUGGAGUUUUACAUGCAGGAUGUCAUUGCCAACAAGGACCCCAUUACCCCUGAUUCGGGAUAUGUCGAGUAUCCCGGCAUGGGCAUGGUUGGCGAGUCUGUCGGCUGGUGCGCCUUCAUGUGGUUCCUUGUCUGGCUCUGCAUGUUCAAGGGCGUUGGCACGACGGGCAGGGCUGUCUAUGUCACCAUGGGCCUCCCAGUCAUCAUGCUCAUCAUCAUCCUUGGACGAUCUGUGUCCCUCCCCAACGCCCGCGACGGCAUCAAGUACUAUUUUGCUGAGUGGAACGGCUGGCGGCUCGGAAAUGGCGACAUCUGGCAGGCAGCUUGCGGCCAGAUCUUCUUUUCCAUCGGUGUCGGCUUUGGAUAUUUCACGUCUUACGCCUCGUACAACACCAAGUUCGCCAAUGCCGUCCAGGACGCCCUCAUCAUUGGAUGCUGCAACUCCCUGUACGAGAUCACCGCCGGCUUCGCAGUCUUUGGUGUCAUUGGCUUUUUGGGAUACUCCCCCGACGACCCCAAUAUCUCCCUCACCACCUUCACCGUCGGCUUCCUGACUUAUCCCCUCGGUCUUGCUGAGAUGCCUGGAUCAAAUGUCUGGGCCGUCCUCUUCUUCCUCACCUUGGCCAUGCUGGGUCUCAGCUCUGCAUUCGCUCUGCUCGAGUCGUUUGUGACGCUCAUUUGUGACUCGGGCUUGGGUCGAAGGUACUCUCGCACACUCAUCUGCACGGUCAUCGUCGUUAUCGCGUUCCUCCUCUCGCUCAUCUACUGCACCCAGUUUGGAUUCUACCUUUUGGAUGCCGUCGACACUUGGACCAACAACCUGUGCCUCAUCUUUGUCGUCUGGUGCGAGGCCGUGUGCGCCACGACGCUCUACCGCUUCACGGAUGUGAUUGGCCAGGUCGGCGUGGUUGGAUACUCGGUGUACAGUGCUGGCUACAUCCUGUCCAUGGUCCUUGGAGUUGCUGUCGGCCAAGCUGCAGGACCUGAAGCCGGCGCAGGCACGGGCUUUGGUAUCUUUGUUGUGACCAACAUCGUCGCUGUUUUCAUGUCCAAGGCGCCUGACGCUGGAGCUCCGAGGUUCUGGGGUAAGAACCCCUUGCUGAGCAAGUUCUGGUGGCUGUCAUUCUACUCGGGCAACCAACUCCGCCACGACCUCAACGUUGUCGUCGCCACGGGUAAGAACUGGAGCAUUCCAUGGUUCUGGCCCACUAUCCUUCGCUACAUCUCGGCUCCCAUCCUGUCCAUCAUCGUCUCGUUUGCGUAUCCAGCCUUUUACAAGAAGCGCAACGACCCCCUGCACAUCUUUGCCUUUGGCGCUAUUCAUGGAGUCAUGCUCAUCAUUGCCUGCGGCUUCAUCCUGCCCCGCUGGUUUGACGUCUUUGUGCCCCCUGAGAAGCUCCACCUCAGCAAGACCUUCUACGCACCUCACGUGGCUGUCGCUCCUCUGGAGAUGAGACAGAGCGAGGUCAUGGAGGAGGAGCACCACGAAGGCGUUGAGAGCCGGGACUCGGGCGAGAAGGGCAAGGGGGGUCUGCGCCGAGAUGCUGAUAUUCCGGAGCGUUGA